UGCGAUAAUGAGUGCCCUCGCGCCAUGCUGAAGGCGGCUGCGAGGCGCAAGCCGGGCCCGCAGGAGGGCAUAGACCACCUGUUCCUCCUGCCAGAGAGGGCGCUCACCAUGGACAGCGGCCGUCUGCAACAGGACUUGGCGGGGCUCGACUUCAGCGUGCGCGUGCUGCACUCGGCGCCCCAGGGUAACGUCUGGCUCUCUGGUGCUGCACCAGUGGACGGUGAGCAGGGGCGACACUCUUCCCGAAACGCACCUGCAGUCAAAGGACAAUCUGGUACACUUCACUGGUUUGCAUACGUUGGACAAGAGCCCGAUUUACUUCAGAAUGAAAGUGUUAGCGAAGCAGGAAAGGAUGCUGUGACACGAGACAGGGAAGAGCGGCUACGUUUGCUAAAGGAACGCCAAAAUGAAGAACGGCAAAGGAAGUUAGAGGAAUUGAAGCAGCAGGCUCUUGCUGCCCAGAAGUUUCGUGAACAGAAGGAGGAGGAGCGACGACGGCGCAUUGAAGAGCUCAGGCAACGGGACAAUGAUCGACGACUGCAGGUGGAAGAACGCAAGCGACAAAUAUACGAAGCUGAGCGGGACCGUAGGGAAGCCAUAUUGCGAAAAAAUCAGGAACGUGAAGCUCGCAUAGACUCGAAGAGGAAAAAUGAACGAAGUUCUGCAGUAUUCGCUUUUGGUAGUUCAACACCACGAAUGUUGGAACCAGCCGACACCGGCGGUUCAUUUUGGGGUACAAGGAGAGCAACUUCAACAAGUAAUGUAAUGAUGUUCACGGCUACUCCACUCACUCGACGUUCAUCUGAGCGAGAAUUAGAUGGAACUGGCAAGAAGAGAGCAACAUCUGCCAGUGGCCUAGACCGAAAGCCAGGUGAAGAUAUGAAAAUGUCCACUUCAAUGUACGAAGUUUUCCACUGGAAUGAAUCUCCUCAACCUGUGGGUACUGCCACUCAUCGUGCCCAAAGCAUUUCUGGUGUUUAUAGCUCUGAUUUAGUGGCUCCUCCCCAGAAAAAACUUGAUUUAGACUCUACUUUGUCAGUGAAAAAAGAUGGAAGUAGCUUUUCAAGUGCCCCCCAAACACCCUCCUCUAAUAUUGCCAGUAUUUUCAGCGGCUCCGCUGGUGGUGAAGAAGCAGAUGGACAGCAGCAGAAUGCAGCGCAGACCAUUGUACGAGUUAAUCGACGCAAGACAGAUCUGAUGCCAACGAUACCAUCACCUCGUGAUACAACACCCAGCUCCAGCAGUCGGCGGGCACCGAGCCGCUCGCCAGGUAGGGCGCUGUCGAUGUCUCGUCUGGAUGUGCUGUCUCAGCCUCGAUUCCCUCGGCGCCAGGUGGCUGUUCCUACACCUGCCCCACGACAGCGCCUGGCAUUGGGGUCCUCCCAAAGCAUGUCACGUAGCACAGGCCAUCUGGCAGCAGUAGGAGCAGACAGUCAGCUACGGCGCAUGGAUGCUGCACGAAGCAUGUCACACUUAUGUGGAAAUGCACCUCCCGUGCCUCCUCCCCGUACAACACGGGCAGAAAGGUUGCGCCAACAAGCAGCAGGACUGCGUUCUGGCGAAGUAACUCCAUCAAGACCAGUGAGUGCCCUGAGCCAACAUAGCGUAAACAGCGUAGGAUCAGGGACAAGCCUGCGGACACGUCCAUCAACUGCCCCACGCCGUCCUCGUCCCUUCAGUAUUGCAGUUACUGGUGUCAGCCAUGAGCCAGCACAGAAGCAUGGUGCUUCUGGAGAACAAAAAUCUUCAAAGCUGCAGAGCCCAGGUGGUGAGAAGGAAGUAUCUAAGCCUCCAAUACCAAGAGUUCAUGGUACGAAGAAACCAACAAAACCAGAAAACUUACCAAAGAAACCUACUGAAAAGAUAACAAAGGUAUCAAAGGCAUCACCAAAAAUAACUCCCAAGGGUACUCCUCUACAGUCUCCAGGCUCUGAAGGUACACCAUUACUACCACAAGGACAGGAAGUUUCGGAGGCAGAGAAGGAUAAAAUGAUUUCAAAAGAAAACAGUAAGUCUGAAGGCACUGAGAGCACAGGGUCAGAUGUAGUAGCAGUUGUACCUACAACAGAACUCGGAGAAUUUCCAGAAAAGACAAAUGAAAUUGUAAAAGAACCAGUUGAAUCAAAGGAGACUGAAAAAGAGAUAUCUGAACUCAGUGGUUUAAAAGAGGGGCCAUCUCCAAAGGAACUAGUAGAGCCGAGUGAUCAGCAGGAGGAGAUUAAGAAAUCAGUUGAAUCAAGUGAGAUAAAGAAAGAGGUAACUGAAUUGAAUGAAGGAAAUAAAAAACCAUUAGAACUGAAAGAAGAAAAAUCUGCCCCCCAAAUUACAGACGAUAUUAAAUCAGAUGCACUUGAGGCAGGACAAGUAGUUACUGGUGAAGAAAGGCAAGAAGUUAAGGGCAUAGAUACUUCCACUGCUCAGGUGUCUGAAACUGAAGCGGAGAUGACAGCUUCCAUGAUAGCCAAAACGCGAAUAACUACAGAAGAAGAAGCGAAGGCAGCACUGGCUGAGAGGAGACGUCUAGCUCGGGAACAAGCAGAGAGGGAAGCAGAGCUCGAGAGGCAAAGAUUGGAAGAAGAGCGUCGGAAAGAGGAGGAACGUAUACGGUUAGAAGAAGAAGAACAGCGUCGCUUUGAAGAGGAACAGCUGCGCCUUGUGGAGGAAGCACGAAAAGCUGAGGAGCAAAGACUCUUGCUAGCUAUCCAGGAAAAUGAAAGACGGGAGAGGGAAGAAAAAAAGAAAAAGGAGGAGGAAAUGAAGGCCAAAGCAGAAAAAGAAGAAGCAGAGAGAAAAGCCCGAGAGGAAGCAGAAAGGUUGCGUAAAGAGAUGGAUGAACGACUUAAGAAGGAAGAAGAGGAGCGCAUUGCCCGUCGCAAACGUGUGGAAGCAAUCAUGUCACGCACUAGAGGGAAAGGUGCAACACCCACAAGCACUCCUGUUAAGGGCCAGCUUGAAGGUGAAAGUGGUGGUGAUGAAGAUGGAAAGGACGUCAGUCCUACAGAAGAGAGAAAAAUUGUGCCUAGUGGAGAUGGUCACAUGGAUGUGGGGAAUAAGGAGUCUAUGGAGACAGAAAAGGGUACAGAUGUGGUUCCCAGCAGUGUUGUAGAAAAUGGGAAAACUGCUACUAGUGAACAAUUGUUAACUGAGAAUAGUAAUGUGAAAACAGCAGAAAUAAGUGACAACCAUGUAAAUAGUAAUAACACUAAUCUUGAGCCUGUAACUCAGUUGCAGAACAGCAACGGGCAUCGAAAUGGCACUGAGUACAGAGAACUGGAUUUUGGCAGUGUAGAUAAUGUGAAACAAAGUAAUACAUUAGAGAUCAGCACAAGCAAUACAACACAACAAGCCAUAGAUUCAACAGAGUUCGAACAAAUUUUGGAUUUAAACCGCAUUCAGGCUACAGGGAAGCUGGCAAAUGAAGAUAAUGUUAACUCAAAUAUCAUGACUAAUGGUCCCAAUGCUCCCAUUAUUGCUUUUCAGGACAAUCUGUCCAAGAAACAGGAUACAAAUUCUGUAACUGACCUGCUAUCAUAGUGCAUUCUACUACACAAUUCAAGAAGUGACAAAUGAAGAAAUUCCUUGCUUACUGCAUCAGAUACGAAUGUGUAAUGUAAAUAAAUUGAGAAAUUGUGUCUGGAUAAGACUGAUUCAAGACUGGAUGGUGAUCUUUAAGAGUGAGAAAAACCAUGUUAAUAUAAUGAUGUUACUGUUUAAUGAUAAUAUUAAUCAUAGUAAUAACAGAAGUGAUACUGCGCAACAUGUUAUGGAAGAAGACCUAUAUCAUACUCAGCUGCAUCACAUUUUAUUUUUUACCAACACAUCUUGUGAAUGUUUGAAUCUGUACUAAAAAGGGAAACAGAUAUAAAUGUGCACAAAAUUAAGAAGCUAUGACACUCUGAAAAUGCGCUUUGUGUAUAAUUAGAAAAUAAUUUUAAAAUGAAACCUGGUUUGUUGUCUGUAAAUCUAACUAUUGUAUACUGUUAAAGUCAAAAUAGCUUCAGAAAACUAGUAUGCUUCCACUUUUGUUAUUAUUUACUUACAAAAUUCUGCUGUGUGCAUUUUAUUUUAUUUUCAAGUUUAUGAUUGGUGUAUUAUCUAAUUUAUAAUGUUGCAGUUGUUGUUUUGGAUGUAUCAUUUAAUAUUAAAACUCAUGAACAGUUUUAGUAAUAAAAUAUUUACUCCCUAGUCAGCCGAACAUAAAUAAGCACUGUGCAAUUUGUAAACCAAGGAUGUUGUAUAUGUUCUGAGUGAUGAGUUCACAUUUGUUGUUAAUAUUAUAAUUUUUCAAAACUGAGUCGUAUAAAUAAUAAUGAUGUUGGUGACAAUGGAAACAAUAUACAUAGUAUUUUCCACAGUUGUUCAUUAUGCACUCAGUCAUUUAAUGUUACAAAACACAGUGAGAAUUUUACAUUAUAUGAGCAAACUACUGCUCCCACUCCCCGUCAUUCAGUAUUAUGACGGUUUUGACUUCCCUGUUUAGCAAUAUUAAGUAAUUCAUUGACGAUAUUUUGCAGCUAUAUGUUUUACUUUGACAUCACAAUUGUAUCAGCAGUCGUAUUUGAACAAUUGUAAAAUUAUUGCUUAUUGUGCAAUGAAAAAGGGGCACAUUAACUGUUUCAAAUUAGGUGGAGAAAGAAUUUUCAACUCCAUUAAUUAAGUACAUGUUUUGUCUGUAUGCUAAAUUGUUGUGAAAGUAAUUCCACUUCAUAAUUUGUUUUAUUGGUAUCAAUAUUUCAGUUGUUAGUUAUGAAACUGAUUUUAAUGUAUGUAUUUAUUUACAAAAUUUUAAUCAAAUCGUUCUUCACUUUGGGGUAUUUGAUUGUAAAAUUUGUAUUUACUCAGUAACAAAUGAUAUGAGUCGCCUAAGAAUCUAUAUUUAAUGUUAUGAAAACUAAUAAAAUUGUGAGACAGACAUCAUAUAAUAGGUUUAUAAAAAAAUAAAUAUUUUUUGGAAAAUUUGUUCCUAGGCCCAAGUUGUAUACACUGUAACUAGGUUAACUAUUAAUUCCUCUAAACCACAUAACUGAAACAUUAAUUUUGUCUAAUCAUUGUGUAAUUUAACAUAUUUUUUGUUUUAAACUUGCUAAGUUAUUGAAUUUCAUUUUUCACAGCUAUUUAAUUUCAACAAAAUUAGAUUUCAUAUAUUCACCACUUUAAAAUGUUUCUUGUAAUACUAAGCCACGUAAAUACAGACAUAUUUCAGUGAUGUUGUUGAAAUACUGGACCAUAUGCUGAUACUAAAACUCAACAGUAGGCAAUAUUUUGUUGCAGAAUAAUUGUGGAAACAAUUGAAUGGUAAAAGAAAUGGGUGCUGAAUAAUUGCAGCUCAGUAUGUUGUUACUCUAAACGCAUUAACUGAAAUGUAUCAGUAUUCCCCCUCCAAUCUGCCAUUGAUUUUACAGCUUUUGGAAUUGCUGACUUUAAAAUAAAAAUUUUU